AUGGCUCGAGUAGGCGCACGAAAGCGCAAGCGCGAACAAGAGCGCGGGAGGCCCUUGCAGCAGCAACCUAUUAUUAACAAUGACGGCGGGAACAAGGAAGACGGCGGCGACAGCAACGAAGACAAGGGCGACGGCGAAGACGGAAAUAUCAGCUGCGGCCUCAAGGCCUCUGGUAGUAACAACGGAGAGCAUCCUGCGAAGCGAUUCAAGGUCCAAGAUGGCGCCGACUUCGACAACCUAAUUGCUGACGUCGUGGGCCCUUGA